AAAAUUUAUUUAUCAUCAUCGUCCCUCUAUUUACGACAAAGAAGCCUCGGGUUAUAAUUAUUUUAUACCCCAGAACUGCCUCAAUGACGCUCACCAUAAACAUCAAUGUUAUUAUUCAGUUUCGAAAAACAAAUAUUCCCGCGCAUUGACACCAGCGCCACAGUCCUACUGCUCCGCAACUACUGCGCAGUUGAGUCAAAAUGGCGUCGGGUGCCCGGCGAACGAGGACAGACGCCACAGUGCAGUGUUAACCGUGAAUUUGUGCGAAAACUAUUAACUGAAUUGUUGUGACACAAUUGUUAAACAAUUGAGGAUGUCUUAAAGCCUUUGACAAAUGUUAAUUGUCCGAACUGUACCUUGACAAACGUGAAACGUGUGCAUGAAUGUUGGAACCCCAGAACUCGUCGAAUCUCUGGUUUUGGCGUUCAAUCGUUCUAAAUUAAUGUCUUGACAGUGUUUUAAUUGUCAUUUUAAUCAAUUGUUCAGUGUUGUGAAGUGUUUGUGAAAUUUCCUGUGUCCGGAGCUCUCGGUGAAGCUGUAAACAUCGAGGCAGUUGGACUCCCACCAUUCGUGUCAACACCGGCAGAGCUGUACGAGAGGUUGUGCUGAACGAGGUGAAAUCGCUGGAGUAGUGAAAUUCAUCUCUACUUUUACAUCACCGCGCGGUGAACUGCGCACCAGUAGCGAAAUUGUAAACAAUCGGUGGAGUAUUUGGCCAUUACCACUUUCUCAUGAAUUAAUCAAACCGUUGAAGAAAGAAUAAUCAUCCGGGGUGUUUCGAGGAGUGCCACCCCAGAGUGGGGGUGGUGUUUAAGAGUUUAGUACCGCGGCAAUGGUGGCAGCUGCCACCGCAACGGCCACCGCCACUGCCUGCGUGGUGGCCAUGCAGGACCGCCAGGAUAUCCCGUCUCAGUUCAACCAGAGUCAGCAUGGAAUGCCCCACACAACCUACAACAGCGGUUACCCCCAGCGUGGCCCAAUGGCCGGAAUGGGUCCAGUCGGUAUGAACAACUUCACCGGAAUGACAUCAAUGGGCCCAGUUCACUCAAUGAACACCCUGAACUCCAUGAACACCAUGAAUCCCAUGAAUCCCAUGUCGAUGGCCCAAAUGAACUCGAUGAAUUCAAUGAACAGUAUGUCCCCAAUGACCCAGAUGAACACCAUGGCAAACGUGGGUAACAGUAUGUCAAUGAACACCAUGAUGACUGGUAACAGCAUGCAGAUGACAAAAAUGGGUAUGCAGCAGUCGCAGCAGCAGUAUCCAAGGCGUUUAGCACCCUAUCCAGCCCCAGGUAUGCACAUGGUCCAGAAACGUCAACAAGGUGCCUACGUCAGUCCCACCCCCCAGCAUCCAGGAAUGCAACAGCCGACAAAUUUCAACACAAUGGCCAAUCAGUAUCCAAAUAAUUAUCCAGGUACACGUGCCAACUUCCAUCCCCAGUACCAGCCCGUCCAGGGUAUGAGCCCGAGCUUCCCAAGCACUAUGAUCAGAGGCACCAACAUAAGACAAACAGCUCCAUCAUACAGUGCCCAAGGGGCACCCCAGUCAAAUCAGUAUUACGGUAACAGUAACCCCCAGCACAAUCAGGUGACAAUGUCAACGAAUCCAGUGUCACAUCAGACUGGACAAUUUGUUGGACAUCAGGGUACACCAAGCCAUCCAAAUCAUCCAGGUCAUCCGCCCCACCAAAGCCACCCAACGCAUCCAAAUCACCAGAGCCAUCCCACCCAUCCAUCACAUCCCAGCCAUCCAGGAUAUACAAAUGCCAAUUCAUAUCCACCGAAUCCCCAGUAUCAGCAGGAAGUAUCACCCAUGAGAAAUGGGCCCAAUCUACCCAACGUUUCUUACCAACACAGUCCAAUUCCUGGUAAUCCAACACCACCACUGACACCAGCAACAUCGAUGGCACCCUACAUAAGUCCAAAUCCAGAUAUAAAACCCAACUUCAGUGACAUGAAGCCGACCUUCUCCGAUAUUAAAUCACCAGCGUCAAUUCAGAAGGACGAUGAACUGAGAUUAACAUUCCCAGUAAGGGAUGGCAUUAUCCUUCCCCCAUUUCGUCUACAGCAUAAUUUAGCUGUCAGUAAUCACGCAUUCCAGCUUAAACCAACAGUUUAUCAAACACUAAUGUGGAGACAAGAUUUGGAAUUGCAGUUGAAGUGUUUUCAUCACGAGGACAGACAGAUGAAUACAAAUUGGCCAGCAAGUGUUCAAGUAUCGGUUAAUGCAACACCACAGGGAAUUGACAGGGGUGAAAAUAAAUCAUCUCAUAAGCCACUUUACCUCAAGGAUGUGUGUCAAAAUGGCAGAAAUACGAUACAGAUAACAGUGUCAGCAUGUUGUUGUUCACAUUUAUUCGUUCUUCAGUUGGUUCACAGGCCGACUGUCAGGAGUGUACUCCAGGGUACAUUGAAGAGGCGAUUGUUGACAGCUGAACAGUGCAUUGCCAAUAUCAAGCAGAACUUCAAUAGCUCGAUGGGUAACAGUGGAAUUAAGAGUGAGAAUGAUGUUGUUGAGCAGACGGCGUUGAAGAUAUCGUUGAAGUGUCCGAUUACCUUCAAGAGAAUUACCCUUCCAGCUAGGGGUCACGAUUGCAAGCAUCCCCAGUGCUUUGAUCUUGAGAGUUAUCUUCAAUUGAAUUGUGAGAGGGGAGCGUGGAGGUGUCCAGUUUGUUCGAAACCUGCUGUGCUGGAGGCGUUGGAGGUGGAUCAGUACAUCUGGGGAAUUCUUCAUUCCACAGCAAGCAGUGCGGACAUUGACGAAGUGACGAUAGACUCGGCUGCCAAUUGGAGGCCUGCCAAGAGCCACUCGAGUAUCAAAAGUGAAGAGGAUGACUGCAACAAGAGGCACAUCAAGAAGGAGGCCAUGUCCCCUGGCAGCAUGAGCAUGCCCACUAUGAACAAUUGGGAGAUGAAUCAGGCGAUGAGUCCGUACAUGCCACCUGAUAUGAACAGCAUUGUCAGUGGAUCUAUGAUGAAUACUUCGUCACCUGGGUACAGGGGUAGUAGCAUCAAUCAUAGGAAUUCCUCCGGGGGUAGUUAUGAUAUCAAUAAUGGGGGAAAUCUUGGAAGUGAUUACACGAAUGGCGCUGGACCUCUGACGCAUCUCAGUGAUUCGGUUAAUUCACUGGAUCCGUUGAAUGCUAUGGAGAAGAGUCUCAAUGAUCAGAUGCCUCAUACACCUCACACACCCCACACACCACAUACACCUCACACUCCUGGAGGUGGUAACAGUGGACCUCCGAGUGUACCACCAGCAUCACAGGAAUCAGCUAAUCAUAAUACUUCAGGGAAUGGUAGCACUAAUAUCAGUGGGAAUGAGACAACCGAAAUUCCGUCUGAUCUUAACUUUGAUCCUGCAGCGGUUAUCGAUGGAGAGGGAACGGGACAAGAAGCUUUGAACUUGCUGCCCGACAACGUCGUAGAUCCAAUGGAGUUGCUCUCCUACCUGGACCCCCCAGAUCUCAACACUCCCCCGAGCAGUGGAGCAAGCAGUGGUCAUCCCUCCUCCAACGACGACAUCCUGGCGUUCUUCGAAUGAACCUAGAGUAAAUGACCCCCAACUUGAAAAUACGAAGGCACGUCAUCUUUUCAAAAUAAUCAAAUUUCAAAAAAAAAAAAAAUGACAAAAAAUAAUAAUAAACAUCAGACUCAUGUCAUAACACGAGUGACACCAAGUCAAUCCUCACUGUUAACCAAAUGGCCAACAAUUUGUGGUGAUUACUGAUGGCAAUGGAGUCACGUGGGUGCUUUCACCUAAACCAAUGGUACAAAACACUUUUUAGAUCUAAUUGUAAUAUUCCUAUGGACAAUGCUAGGGCAUAUUAGGUUUACAAUUACCUAAUUAUAUUGAAAGGGUAAAAAAAAUGCUGCAGUUACAGUUUUUAACGAUUAUCUGGCUGUGGCUGUGAGUUGGUCUUGAAUCAAUGAAUUUGAGGGGAAAAAAAUUAUAAAAAUGGACCAGAUUUCACAAUUAACGAGAUAACUGCUUCACAAAUUCACUGUUUAAACUGUGAAAUAUUGAGUAAAGGCCUCUAAUCGGUCUCUGAGGGCGGUCUACUGUCGACUGACUGUCGGCAACUAUUACUUGUACAGAAUUUUAUCUUUAUUAUUUUUUUUCUCAGUUCUUUUUGUAAAUAAUCUCGAUAGAUUUAAGGAUACUCAAACGUUGUAAACCUGCUUAUUGAUGGAUAAUAGCGCAUACAGUGUUCCUUUUUUUUCUUUUGUUUAGGGAGAAAUUUGAUUUUUUCUGAGGAUAUUAUAUAUUGUAUCAUGCGACACGUAAACCAAAAGAGUAUGAGAUUCUUCCAAAAUUUUAUUCCAUUAAUUUUUCAGAGUGAUGUGGACAUUUUGUGGGGGAAAUGCAUCUGUUUACUCUGGGGGACGAGGGGUGGUUGGGGGUGGUUAUGUCCACUUUGUUGAUGGAAUCGUCGAUUUUUUAAAAUUUCUAUUUUUGUCAUCGUUUUUAUUUUAUCUGCUGAAUGCAAUCAACGAGUCAAUUGAACUACUUCCUCAUUAUUUUAUUUUCCAAAACCUCGUGAAGUCGCCGAAACUAAAGUUCUGAUGUUGAUAUAGGAAAUAAUUGUGUUUAUUUUCUGAAAAAAUUAAAUUGUAUUUGAAGUAACAUCUGUGGAGGAAUUAUCACGAAAAUUAGUGAAGAUGCACCCAAAAAAAUGAGAGGCAUUGUGGAUGUUCAAGCUUACAAAUCAAUGAUUUCAAGACAUUGAAUUGAGUCGUUUGAUCUGAAUAAUUUAAGCGAGAAUCGAUCAUGAGUCGAAUUCAGAAAACUUCACUGAAUCGAGUUUAAAUAAAUAUCUGUGAUUCAACUAAGUCACGAGAUAUUGAAUUAAAAAUUGAUUCAAGUUGACCCGAUGAGGCAAGUUGACUUAAUUGACUCGAAAUCGUCUCGUGCAAAGCCACAGUGGAUUAUUAUUCGAUAUUAACGAUACAAUGACUCAAUUCCAGUUGUGAAAUGUCAAGUCAACUAGAUAAUUGGAUUAAAUUCUAUGAAUUAUUCAACUCAAUCGUAAAAAUCCAUAAUCAAGUGCUGAUAAACUUGAGUUUAGUCAUUUUUUUUUUUGGUGCGAAAAAUGUUAACUGCCAGUUCUUGAGGCACAACGAGCCCCGACUUAUCUCUUCAUCAUCUUUGUAUCUUUUUGUGAUUGAAGACGAUAAACAAGAAUAGAAAAAAAAAACAAGAGAAAAUAUACUUAAAGUGAUUCAUGUAGUUAUACAAAUUUUAUAUAUUAAAAAAAAGGAAAGGAUGAAGGUGAAAGACGUGUGGUAAUGCAACAAAGUAAGAAAAUGUAUUUAUAUUCCGAUGAGUUUACGUGAGACAGUGCACAAGGCAGAGAAAACAGUUUAACAAAUAAUGAACAAUUCGGUCAAGUUUCUAUUUAUAAUUAUUACGAAUAAUUGCGAUUAAAAGUUUUAUUAUAACGUAAUUAUUAAUCGUAAAAAAAUUAUUGUAUAUUAUUUGUAAAUACGAGAGGGUGAAAGAGAAAAAGGGAAAAGAUGGAAAAGUGGAAAAAAUAAAAAAUGGAGAUAGAUUAAUAAUAUAAGAAAAAAAAAUAAAUAAAAAGUGGCAGAUACUUAUUGGCCAGUUAUAAACAGUAAACAAUGGAUUAAUGAUUAAUUAAAGAUGAAUAAAAAAAGAAAAUGAUUGAAAA